UAGCCUGAGCAGUUCAGAGAGUUGUCAGACGAAGAUGGAGAAUCGGUGGAAAGAGAAACAAGGGGUGAAAGGAGAAGACAUCGGUGUUGUGAUCCUGCUGGAAAAGUGUUUGGAUAAAGUGUAUAAACCGGUGGAAGUUGCUCACCAGGGAAUGUUUGAUGCCAACACUGUUGUUGUACGAAUUCUCUGGGAGCAACGGUGGAAUUCAUCUGUUAAAAUUCAGAAGAGUCCCAGCAACAAAGAGGCGAUGGACAAAGUGAAAAGGAGCGUCAGCAAGUGUCAGGGUUCUUCACAAGAAGACUCUGGUGACUGUGCAGCAUCAAAGCAUGGCCCCAUCCAGAAAUCUUCACAGGAUGAUGCUUCAGAAAAUUCAUCUUGGAUUGCUGCCCGGAUAUCCUCAAUCAAAAAUAAAAUUUCCCCCAGGGCUUCGAGACAAGAACAGAGCAGCCAAUUUUCAAAGGACGUCUGUUCUCACCAGCCAGUGAUGGAGGAGAGGAACAUGGAGACUCUGAGGAACUACCUUGUGGUCUACAACCCUCCCAAGAGCGGUGUGGACAGUAUGAACAUCCUGUUGUUCAGCAUGCUGGGGUCUGAGGAGUCAUCUGUCAUCAAUGCUUUCUCUCAGCUCUGGAUGUACAUUCAUCAACCAGCACUGGUGUCCCGAUGGGAGACAAUCCCAAUUUUCCCAAACAGUUACACAGUUUCAAUCCUGACUCGGAUGUUGACGAGUAUCCAGUUAUUCCGGAAAAUGUAAUUCAUGGAGUUGCCUUCAUUUCUAACAUUAGCUCUGACGACACCAUCGGUGACCACACAAUGAACCAGUUGAAGGAGUUACACACUGUCAUGGCACAGAAAUGUGAGUACUUUCUGUUAGUCUGUUUCACUGUUGUCACCAUUCUGUUGUAACUUAUUAUUGUAUUUAUAGCUAUUUACAGCGUUGUGAUUGGGACCAAGUUUGAACAAUCAGGGAUAGAAGAGAACGACCAUGAGAGGAUUUAUGAAUACAGGCCACUGCAGGAGAAGGUAAUAAUUCAGGGUUUCUCAGCAGGGAUUAAAAAGAAACAUCAAUUUUUGAACUUUGCGCAAUGCGUGAUGCUAGCCCCAUCUCAGUCCAGUAUGGUAGUGCACAGUAGGACGGUGUUUAUUCUCCUGAGUCCAUUCUCAGCUUUUGACACAAGAUAGGGGUUGAUAAUUGGUAUUGCACAGAAGGGAGGACGGUAGGCUGUUGAGGAGUGUGGAGAGUGUUUUUCAAGCAUUGAAUGGAUUUGGGCUGUGAUGUCAGCCUCUUCCUCCCAAUUAAACUCUACCAAUUUCCCUUUAUCUGCCACUGACUGACUUAUGGGAGUGAGAAAACUACCAGUGUCGUAGAAAAUCGGAAGGAAAUUUUCAUUCUAAACAUGGUCCAUUGUGUUGAUUUUUGAAGAGGUAUGAGAUGGAAGAGGAGGAUUCUAGGCCUAGGCCUUUGGACAAUUCUGAUAAGAUUAAUGAUGAAAAAUUACAAUCUUCUGAGACAUUUCACUGCACUAGUGCAAUGAUGGACACAAAAAACUCCGUCUUUACAAUGAAAGCUGCUUAUCAGUAGUUUUUACAUGGGCUGGUGAUCCAAGUUGUCCUAUUCCAUUCUGUCUUGGCUGUGGCAAAUAACCUAUAAAUGUAGCAAUGGCUCCAGCAAAGUUUAAAGGACAUUUAACUACAAAUCACUGUCAUAUGACACAUAAGUGUUGAUUAUUUUAAAUGAUGAUUGGAAUCUCAAAACAAACAGAUUAAAACUUUUUGAAAAUAAAGUCACAGUCAGUAAAAGGAUUCAGGAAGCAAGUUAGCUUUAAGACCUGUUCACUCCACAAUGUUUAAAAAAUGAACUGAAAUGAAAUGAAAUAUCUUUAUUGUCAUUGCAUAGUACAAUUUGUCAUGCACCAAUACAACAAAAAUGAGUUUGCAACUCUCGUACUCAAUGCUAUAAAACAACAAAUAAAAUAAAUAAACAAUAAAUAAAAUUAAGUAACCAGCCAGUACAAGCAAUGUCCAGCAGUACAAAAGCACAACUCAGAUACAUGACAGCCAUAAAACCAGUAUUAAAGUAACAAUAUAACAAUUUAUGGAUGAUGCUUGAUCGAUGGUUCAGAGCAAUUAUAACUCUGGGGGAAAAAGCUAUUUUUCAGUCUGGAAGUGCGGGCAUAGAAAAUCUUAUAACGUCUGCCAGAUGGAAAAAGUUCAAGCAGAUGAUUGCAAUGGGUGUGUAUUGUCCUUACAGAUGCUUGUAGCUUUCCUUAGGCAGCAUGAGCUGUAAAUGUCCUCCAGGGCUGGGAGCUGUGUCCCAAUGAUCUUCUGUGCGCUAGAGACAACCCGCUGAAGCGCUUUCCUUUCAGCUGCUGAACAACUGAGAUACCACACAGAGAUGCAGUAUGUUAAGAUGCUCUCUAUGGUGCAGCGGUAAAAGGUCACCAGCAUCUGUUCAGUUAGACCAGCUUCCUUCAGCGUCCUGAGGAAAAACAAGCAUUGCUGUGCUUUCUUAACUAUUGCUGUGGUGUUAGUGGACCAUGUAAGGUCUUCUGAAACCUGAAACUGGACACUCUCUCCACUAUGUCUGUGAAAACUGUGAAAACCUGGACAACGAGCACACAAAUCUCUUACUACAUGCAGUUGAAUCUAUGUGUGCUGAUCUUGUUUGACUCAAAAUUGAGAAACUUCUUAUGCUUACCUUAUGAGUUUUUAACAUUUAUGAAAGGGAAAGAAAGAGAUUAAUUUUCAGAAAGGUAAGCUAAGCUUAACUAUCUGUUAUUUUUUCAAGAAAGGUUGGCUAAAAAUUCAUUCUCUACUCAAAAGAACACACAAUUAUUUUUGAUUAUUAUAUCUACUUACUGAUCAGGCUAAUGUACUGUGAGCUAUAGAUAUCAUAAUUUUAAGCAGGGUUUUCUCUGAGACCUGAAAAUUAUUUCAAGCAUUCCUCCAGGGCGAAAAGGUUGAGAAAGGCAGUGAUAAUUUGUAAUUGGGAGCAGUGAUAUCGAUACAGUGCUGUUACAAUAGAACCUCAGUAAACCCAGAGAAUUUCUACCAGAGGUGUGUGUCCAUGUUGUGGUGUCAAAAAACAAUAGCCAAUAUGUGCACAGCAGGAUCUCAAAAUCAGCAGAGAGAUUAAUGAUAAGUAAUUGUGUUUCAUCUACAGAUUAAAGAUGUAUAAUGUGUAAUCUCUUUGAGUUUAUGAUUACAGUAACACUUGUCUCUCUCCUUUCUUCAGUUUAAGAGGUUGUCAGAAUCUAUUGGGAUGGAAAUGUGUUCCAUGUUUGUGGUUUCAAAUCAAUGGAGUGGUCAGAUCGAGAGGGCAAAAUGCAUUCUUGCCCUGUAUGCUCUGUAUAAUAUGGUCAGAAACAUCGACAAGUCUCUCACAGUGAUGAUGUAAUGGUCAGACCCGAUCUGGUACUGAUUUUCUUUCCUUACACACAAUAUGAUGUCUCCUCAGGAACUGUUGUGUGCAAAAUGUAAUAUUCAUGCUCAUACCUUGCACAACUCCUGAACGGUUGUCUCAAUAAACAGUCAUUUCCAGCUGCUGAAGGGUUUCUCAGAAGAACUGUAACUCCAGGUUUCCCCAACAAUUCCCAUGAAAGGGAAAAGCAGAAUACAGGGACAAUUCAGUGGGUCAAGCAGUUAUGGGGAGCCGUAUGAUGAUGUUUGGUUGAAACCCUACACUUGGGUGGAGAAGGCAGGGAAAAGAUUGCCACACAGAAGCUAUAGAACAGGAACCGACCCUUCAACCCACAUUGUUGUACAGAACUGGGCUGGGGCGGGGAGAUUGGUAGCUGGUGGGUGGUAAAUUAAACCAGACAUGUGGAGGAAUGAU